GUGCAGAAGUGUAAAUGAUUUCUUAGCGAUUGGUGCGAAGAUUAUUGGCACAAAAUUUGGUAUGAAUUUCACAAAACUUUUGAUAUUAAAAUGUUAAAAAAACGUCGUGUUGCGAGAUUUAGAACUAAAUUCAGUUUUCGACGAAAUUAUGAUUAUUUUAUUGCUUUCAUCGUAAUAUUAUUUAUAACUUUUAUUGCAACUUAUAAAACUAUCGAGUUUAAUAAUUCACCGUUAAGUAUCAAACGAAACUUUAUCUACAUCGAACCAAUCAAUUCAUUCUUUCGACGGAUACAUAAUUUGGAUAAUGCCAAAGUUGAUUGGCAUGAUUAUGAUUUUAUUGAAGUUGAAUCUAAACGUGUUGGACCAGGAGAACAUGGGAUGGGAAUUGAUGAAGUGAAACCAUAUGAAGAAGCUCUCAAUAAAAAGCUUUUUGACGAAAAUGGGUAUAAUGGACUGAUAAGUGACAAAAUUUCUGUCAAUCGGUCUUUGAAAGACCUUCGACAUCCAAAUUGUAAAGAGUUGAAAUAUCUUCAAGAAUUGCCAACUGUUUCGGUGGUCAUACCCUUUUACAAUGACCAUUUAAGUGUUUUACUUCGAACUGUUCAUUCCGUCAUAAAUCGUUCACCAAAGAAACUUCUACGAGAAAUAAUUCUGGUCAAUGACAGGUCCACGAAAGAAUUUCUUUACGAACCAUUAAAAACUUACAUCAAAGAAAACUUCCCUCCAGACAAAGUAAAAUUAUUGGAGCUUCCGAAACGUUCAGGCUUGAUUUGGGCCCGUCUUGCCGGUGCUAGAUCAGCAAGAGGUGACGUUUUAAUAUUUCUUGAUUCUCACACAGAAGCAAACACUAAUUGGCUGCCACCUUUACUUGAACCAAUCGCCGAAGAUUAUCGAGUUUGUGUUUGUCCGUUUAUAGACGUAAUAGAAUUCAAAACAUUUGAGUAUGUCAUUCAAGACGAAGGCUCACGUGGAAUCUUUGACUGGUAUUUUAACUACCGAAAACUUGAUCUUAAGAAGUAUCAUCAGAAUGCACCAACUGACCUUUUCGAAUCACCAGUUAUGGCCGGUGGAUUGUUCGCAAUUUCAACAAAGUUUUUCUGGGAAAUCGGCGGUUAUGAUUCUGGUCUUGACAUUUGGGGUGGUGAACAAUAUGAGCUCAGUUUCAAGAUAUGGCUGUGUGGCGGUAAAAUGUACGACGCUCCAUGUUCUAGAGUUGGACAUGUUUAUCGUGGUGGUAUGCCUUUCGCAGAUGAUCGGAAAGGCAUUGACUUCCUUACUAUAAAUUACAAGCGAGUUGCUGAAGUAUGGAUGGAUGAUUAUGCUAAAUAUAUUUAUGCUCGAAGCCCUGAAAGAUUCAACAAAGUUGAUCCAGGUGACUUAAGUUAUCAAUACUCCAUAAAAGAGAGGCUUCAGUGUAAACCUUUUAGCUACUUUAUUGAUAGAGUUGCACCAGAUAUGUUGGAGUUUUAUCCCUUGGUGGAUCCGCCACCAUUCGCUUAUGGAACGAUACAAAGUGUUAUGAACCCAAACUUGUGUAUUGAUUCAUAUGGUCGUGACGACACCAGUCAAUUAGGUUUCUUCUAUUGCGCCACAGACAAGAUGAACCCACAGCACUCUCAAUUUUUCACUCUUCGACAUUUUCGUGAUAUUGAACUUCGUGGCACGAUGUUUUGUUUUGAUCAAAACGAGUUUGGAAUGCUUGUCACCGGCAUUUGUCAUCAUGCUCAAGGCAAUCAAUAUUUCCGAUAUAAUCCACACACACAACAAAUUAUUCAUGGAAGUAUAAGACGAAACGAGUGCAUUGACUCUGAUAUUGAUCGAAUGGAAGUUGAUGCAAUUUUCUUAUCAAAAUGUGACGAAAAUUCUCCAACUCAAAAAUGGAAUUGGGGGUUUGUUAACAAAACUGCAAUUGAAAAUUGGAAAAGUUAUGGAACUGAAAUAAUUGAUAAAAAUGAAAUUGAAGCACUCGAAACCCUUGAGAGUAGUGAAAUUUCAAUAUAAAUAAAUAACUCUCGAAAACUGAUAUUCUGACUUUCUUUUUUCUUUCACUUCCGGCCUGUUA